AUGGCCGAUGAUUUGAACACUGUUAUCAAGAAGAUGAUGGAUAACACAUCUGGACAAGAAAAUGAUGAUUAUGAAAAUAUAUGGUCAUCUGAAAGCUGUGGAGAUGUUGCCUACCAAGUUGCAGUCAACAAGCAAAGUGAAGAGGAUGCCAUUGUUGACCUCCGAGCAGAUCAUAGCUUUACUACACCCAGUGGGAGUGCUCAGCCUUUCCUAGGUGAAGGAUCGCAGGAUACAGGUUCUGAGCAGACUAGCUCUGUUCCAUCUGCGAUAGCACGACGUGCGAGGACUAUUAGCAGAACAUCUGGCUCUCGGCUUUCAGAUUACACAGCAUCAUCUCAAACAACAGCGCGAAAUGUUCGUUCCCGAGUAAUCGCCGAUGAGUUUGCACUGAGAGAGGCAAAUUAUAAAAGGGCUCAGGAGAGAGAAGAAGAAGUCCACAGGCUGAAGAUUGCUAAGAAGGAGUUUCUGGUGAAGGCUGCUGAAGAAAAUUCUAAAAAGCCAGUUGUUGAACGGCAGAAUGCUGAAGAAGUGCUCCCACCUUCGGCUUCUCUGGUACCAAAUACAUCACAGCAAAGUGUUGAAAGUGACCUUCUUGAUGUAACAGAUGAUGAAGAAACACGGAGCCAAGAUGCAUUAGAUGAAGGGACGCUGGGAAGAGAGCCUGACAAUUUUGAUACACAAGAUGAAAGACAAGGCGAAGAUCAGCACCAAGAAGAAUAUGACCAAGAAAAAGGGCGAAAUAGCGACAAUGAAGAAAAAUCCCAGCAAAUUGAAAACGAUGAAGAAAAGGUGCAUGAAACUACUCAUUUCGAUGUUGCUACUUGGCCAACACCAAUGCCUGAUGAUCUGAGAGUUGAAAUCGUUAAAGCGGGAAGUGAACCCUAUCAAAACAGAGAUGGUCCAUUUGUAGACACUGUCCAAAGAUCUGGAGAUAAAAUAAAAGGAAAGAGCCGACAUUUUCAUUCAGAAUGGUUUUAUAAAGCGUUACCAAAUGGAGAAAAAGUACUCAGAAAAUGGAUGGUAUACUCUCCAAUAAAAAAAAGCUUAUACUGUUUUUGCUGCAAACUAUUCACGCACCAUGAAACAAAACAGAGUUUCGUUAACGGUUUUAAUUCAUGGUGGAAACUAAAUCCUAAAGUGUCUGAACACGAGAAUUCUGAGGGCCAUCUCUCCUGUUUCGAAAAAUGGAAAAUCUUGGAGAAUGGAUUGAGGCUGCAAAAAACUAUCGAUUAUGAGCAUCAAAUGGUCUUAGACCAAGAAAAAAAGAAGUGGCGUGACAUUUUGAGUCGCCUUUUGGAUAUCAUUCUUUUCCUAGCACGCCAAAAUCUUCCUCUAAGAGGACAUAGAGAAGGGAUUUCAUCAGACAAUAGAGGGAACUUUUUAGAAUUAGUUAAUCUAUUGUCAAAAUAUGAUCCAGUGCUAAAAGAGCACAAAAUUAGAAUUGAACAUGCUAUCGCCUGUACAAAAAGUAAACGGGUAGAUUCUUAUUUGUCUAAAGACAUUCAAAAUGAGUUCAUCAGUCUUUUGGGGAGAGAAGUGAAGAAUAACAUUUUGGACGACAUAAAGAAAGCUAAAUAUUUUGGAAUUAUUUUCGAUAGUACACCAGACAUAUCACAUGUUGAUCAGAUGAGUUAUGUAAUCAGAUAUGUUCAUAUUGGAGGCGAUCAAGUUGAAGUGAAGGAAUCAUUUCUAGGUUUCUUCCCUAUAGCUGGAAAGACUGCAAUCGAACUUACGGAAAAUAUCCUUACGCAGUUAAAGAGUGAUAACUUGGACAUUCAUCUAUGUCGGGCUCAAGGAUAUGAUAACGCUGCAACCUUGGCAGGAGUUCAUGGUGGUGUGCAAUCUAUCAUUAAGGAACACAAUGCUAAAGCUUUGUUUAUGCCUUGUGCUAAUCAUUCGCUAAAUCUAUGUGGGGUGCACUCUUUCAUGAGUGUUAGUUCAAGUGUAACAUUUUUUGGAACAGUAGAAAGAGUUUACACGUUCUUUUCGUCAUCCACACAUAGAUGGGAAAUUCUAAUGAAAAGUGUAGGCGUAUCGGUCAAAAGACUAGUAGAGACAAGAUGGAGUGCUCAUCACGAUGCUGUUAAGUCAUUGAAGAAUAAUUUUGAGAAACUUGUAUCAACACUCGAAGAGAUGUGUGAUCCCAGAAGCAGCAGAGAAAACGUCGAUACAAGAGAAGCAGCAUCCACACUCUUACCAGCUUUAUGUGACUUCAGUUUUUUAUGCUACCUCUCUUUUUGGUGUGAAAUCCUAGAAGAAGUUAAUCAGACACAAAAGUAUAUCCAAACAUCUGGACUAUCGCUGGAAAAGUGUGUUAUAAAAAUUAAAGCCCUAAAAAUUUUUCUUCAAACUCAACGUAUACAAAUAGUGGAAAGAGCUAUUUCCUACGCAACUGAGAAAUGUGAGGACUUGGAUAUCUCCGUUGAAAGAAGAGGAAGGAGGAGAUUCCGAAAACGAAUGCCAGGAGAAAUGUCCCAAGAUGUUGGACUAACAUUGCCAGAAGAGUUGCAUAGAGCUAUGUUAGAAUGUCUUGAUAGAUUUUACGAAGAACUAGAGCAUCGCUACAAAGCAAUGGAUGAUAUUCUCAUAACAUUUGGUGUUGUUCAGUCUGAAACUCUACUUACGUCAACAGAAGAAGAACUUCGUGAUAAAGUUACAAAAAUCUAUGAUGAAUUUUCUGCAGAGGACAUUAUUUUGGAGAUUUUACGACUGAGGCGCCACUUGGAAGCCGCCAGCAUUUCUCUUCAAGAAGCGAUCCAAUGGACUUCCUUGGAGCUUCUGAAAUUUAUUGUAAAAUGGGACUAUUCUGAGUCUGUUCCAAGUCUAGCUCUAUGUCUAAGAUUUUUUUAA